GUGGACCCUAGCGAUUUGGUCAACACGUCAUCACCGCACUGGUCUCUGAAGAAGCUGUCCGAAGCCAAACCGUGGCAGGCGUGGGUGGAGAAAUACCAGGCACGGGUCAAGCUUGAAAAUGUGGCCGAAGAGGUCCGCCGUAAGCGCAUGUUAGCCGUCAACCCGGCGUACGUGCCGCGCAACUGGAUGUUGCACGAGGCCAUCGCUGAUGCCGAGAAGAACGACUUUGAGAAGAAGGAUAACUCGGGAAAUACAUUUAAACAGAGUGUGGGAUUCUACAACGCAAUAAAAUAUGGAGGUUACCAGUUUGGCUUCUGGGCCGAUCAGCUCGGGGAUGGAAGGGCACACAUUCUUGGGGAGUACGUCAACCGCAAAGGCAAACCCUGGCAACCCCAGCUUAAGGGGUCUGGUGAGACCCCGUACUCUCGCUUCGGGGACGGUCGCGCGGUGCUCCGCUCAUCCAUCAGGGAGAUGAUAGCUUCGGAAGCGUGCCAUCACCUCGGCAUACCAACUACCAGGGCCGCGGCGCUUGUAGUGAGCGACGACCACAAGGUCUGGCGCGACAAGUCCUACAUGGGCCAUGCGCGGCAGGAGCGCGCAGCCAUCGUGGCCCGUGUGGCCCCCGCCUGGUACAGGAUUGGCUCGCUGGAGAUCCUGCUCAAGAGACGCGAGCCGCAGCUGAUGACGAGACUCGUGGACCACGUCAUACAGCAUUACUUCCCCGAAAUAGACUCCACCGAUGAAGACAAGUACUUGAAAUGGUUUACUGAAGUGGCGCACAGGAACUUGGACUUGGUGGCCAAGUGGCAAGGCGUCGGCUUCGCUCACGGCGUGUUGAACACAGACAACGUGAGCUUGCUCGGGCUUACCCUGGACUACGGGCCUUACGGAUUCAUGGACUACUACUACCCGCGGAUGAUUCCCAACACUACUGAUGAUUUGGGGAGAUAUUGUUACAAGAACCAACCUGAGAUAAUGCUGUGGAACCUGGAGAAAUUCGCAGAGUGCGUUGAACCCCUGCUGACUGACGAGCAGAAGGAAACACUCAAGGGCAUCAGGGGGACUCUGGAGAAUUACAUCAAGCGAAAGGUUUUAGAGACAUUCAUCCACAAGUUGGGCCUCGAAGAAGUCAAAGAGGGAGACGACAUCCUCGUGCAGGAUCUGCUUGAGGUCAUGCAGACAGCCACGGCUGACUACACGGCCACCUUCCGGCAGCUGGCUAAGGUCGACCCUAGCGAAUUGAUCAACACGUCAUCACCGCACUGGUCUCUAAAUAAGCUGUCCGAAGCCAAACCGUGGCCGGCGUGGGUGGAGAAAUACCAGGCACGGGUCAAGCUUGAAAAUGUGGCCGAAGAGGUUCGUCGUAAGCGCAUGUUAGCCGUCAACCCGGCGUACGUGCCGCGCAACUGGAUAUUGCAGGAGGCCAUCGCUGAUGCUGAGAAGAACGACUUUGAGAAGGUGCGGUUCCUACUGAAGAUCUUCGAGAACCCGUAUGAAGAAAACGAGGAAGCGGACAACCGUGGCUACUCCUCGCUACCACCCACCUGGUCCUACGGCCUCAAAAUUAACUGCUCCAGCUAAAAUAAUUAGCUUUUAAGCUUCUAUCGAGUACAAAACAUUAGAUUGUAUUGAAUUGUAGGUCUACCGAGUCACUUGGUAUGAAAGCGGCACGGGAGUUUUUUGUGACGCCAAAUCAGCGAGACUUCAGCUGUAGGCCUAAGAUGCGCGCCGCGAUAAGCGUUUAUCACGCCAUUUUAUCGAUUUUCCCCAUACAUUUUGACGUCGAUAAAAGUUAUCACAGCGCGCAUCUUAGGCCUACUGGGCUAGGUUGUGCGCCGUGACAAAAUUUAUCGAUGAUUUUAGAAGACUAAUGUAUGGUCUUAUAGCGAAUCGAUAAAAUGGCGUGAUAAAAACUUAUCACGGCGCACAUUAUAAGCCUACAGAUGUGCUUCAGACUUGUAUGCUCUGUCACGUCAUAUGUAUUAUAAAUCAACCCCUCCCGCUCCUAUUCCUCAGGCAUUGACUUAGUUACUCGCUAGAUCUAUGCUGUCCCCGUAAAAUUGUGAAUCCCGUCCCCGGGCGCCCGUCGCACAGUCGCGGCAGCAAUAUAAUUACUCGCGAGCGAUAAGGAUGGGUAGCUUGGGGUCAUUGGACAAAAUUCUACGUGCUCACAGACUGGGCUUUAGUAUUUGUAAAUAAGUAAUAUCUGAGAUAUACUGUAAAUCGUAGGUUAGGUUAGAUUAAAUUUAACUAUGUAACUGAUGGAGUUAAUAUUUUUAUGGUGACGAACAUAUCAAACUAUUUCAGGUUCUCCAUAACACAGUUUACCAUAUUUACUAGUCAUUCCAUAGAAUAUAGAUACAAGGCAUUCAUAAUGU